AUGUCACAAUCACCACAAUACGUUCUUGUCACCGGUGCGACCGGCUUCAUCGGCGCCCAUGUUGUCGACCAGUUGCUCUGCCGGGGCAUCAAAGUCCGCGGCACGACCCGGUCAUCCGCCAAAGGCGACGCCAUGAUCAAAGCUCGACCGCAAUACGCCGGGAAGCUCGACUUUGUCCAGAUCGAUGACUUCGACAAGCUCAAAGAUGGCAAAGAACAGUCGAACAUCUUCGACGAAGCCGUCAAGGGAGUCGACGGCAUCAUCCACACCGCAAGCCCCCUGACCUACAACACAACCAACAACGAAACCGAACUCAUCCUCCCCGCCAUCAACGGCGUCCUCGCCCUCCUCAACGCAGCCGCCAACACCACCACCACCCCCACCAUCCGCCGCGUAGUGCUCACCUCCUCCUUCGCCUCCGUCAUGGACACCACCCGCCAGACACCCCCCUACUUCACCUAUACCUCUUCCGACUGGAACCCGCUCAGCUACAGCGAAGCGGCCUCGCCCUCCACCAGCGCGGUAAUCGCCUACCGGGGCUCCAAGAAAUUCGCCGAGCUGGCCGCCUGGGACUUCAUGCGCGACCACCGCCCCGCCUUCGACCUGGUCACGCUCUGCCCGCCCAUGACCUUCGGCCCCGUCGUGCACCCCGUCGCGAGCGUCGCCCAGCUCAACGAGUCCAACGCCAUGCUGUGGAAGGUGGCGAGUGGGGUGAGGCCGUUGCCGGUGGCGCGCGUGCCCUUCUGGGUGGAUGUGAGGGAUGUGGCGCGGGCGCAUGUCGAGGCGUUGGUGAGGCCCGCGGCGGGGGGGAAGAGGUUUCUGGUGGCGGCGCCGGAGAGGUUUACGUAUGGGGUUGUGGCGAAGGUGGUGGAGGAGGGGUUUGAGUGGGCGAGGGGGAGGGUGAGCGGGGAGGAGCAGGUGGUGGAUGAGAGUCAUGGGGUGGAUGGGGAGACAGCGGCGAGGGAGUUGGGGUUGGAGUAUAGGCGGUUUAGGGAGACGGUUACGGAGCUGGUGUCGCAGGCGGCGGAUAUGGAGGGGGCGGGGUUGUGA